AUGGGCCGGAUUCUGAGGAGCAUUGUUUCGGUCGGCUCGACAUCGUUUCUUCUUCUCACGCUGGCGUCAGCCCGCUCGCAGAAGGCUCGGUAUCGUCUUAACUCGAUCCUCUACUUUUUGAGUCUGGGUGUAUGCAGCUCGCUGGGUGUGGUAUAUGCGUUGGUGCUGAGUCUGUUCCCUGGCAAGCGUUUCCAUACCAACUUUUUGGUGGCUCGCUCAUUCUUGACCAUUGCAGGUACGCUUCUGGGCUACAAGGUGACGCUGGAGGGCUCGGAGCAUCUGAAUACACGUCCUGCUUUGCUGCUUAUGAACCACCAGAGCUUCCUUGAUAUUUUAUGCGUGAGCCGCAUUGCGCCCCCUGCCUCGAUUAUCAUGGCAAAGAAGGAGCUCAAGCUCGUUCCUCUCUUGGGUCAGUUCAUGUGGCUCAGCGGCACAGCCUUCAUUGACCGCAAGAAUCGCGCGUCGGCGAUUAAGACCAUGGCACAGAUUGGCGACCAUAUGCGUAAGCACCAGCUUUCGAUGAUCAUGUUCCCUGAAGGUACGCGCUCUUACUUGGCUACACCUGGUCUGCUGCCAUUCAAGAAGGGUGCUUUCCAUCUGGCAGUCCAAGCCCAGCUUCCCAUUGUGCCAGUGGUCUGUGAAAACUAUUACCGUCUCUUUGACGGCCGCACCCGCUUCGAUCCAGGCCAUAUCCGCAUGUCUGCGUUGCCGCCCAUCGAGACGAAGGGCAUGACAGAGGCAGAUAUCGGUACCCUUAUGAACAAAGUGCAUGAUACGAUGAUCAAAGAGCUUGUUCGUUUCGAUGAAGAGCUGGACCGCAAUGACGUGAACAGUGCCUUGCACCCGACUAACAAGCCGCAGCCGUACCGUUUGUACGGCUUGUCUGGUCUUGCUGCGCGUCUCAUUGGUACGGGCCAGCCGAAGAGGCAUAUCCGCAAGCUCGAUAAAAUUGCAAAGGACCAAAAGCAGUCGCAGGGCACCAAGCCCGAGGACUUUGGCCUGGUUUCAGCGGAUCAGCAGCAGACCGCGGCCCCCGCCCUGUAG